AUGGAAAGGACAGUGUUUGUAGUUCUUCUGAUACUGUUUGCUGUGAUACUGAUGGGCACUGGGGCCAAAAAUUGUGUGUGCAAUGGAAGAUCAAGGUGCCGCUGUGAGGGAGUGAAAGGCAGCAGGGGGGAAAAGGGAGUUCGAGGUGCUACAGGUCCCCUAGGGAUAGAGGGUCGCCGAGGAUCUGAUGGUAACGCUGGGCCUAUGGGACCAAAGGGAAACACUGGGCCAGAUGGACCUGAGGGCCCAAAAGGCAAUCUGGGACCAAAAGGCAAAGAAGGAUUUGCUGGGUCUCAUGGUUUACCGGGUAUCCCAGGUUUACAAGGGCCACCAGGCUUCCCAGGGGCCCCAGGCUGUAAUGGAACAGAUGGAGAGGAGGGACCUCCUGGUAUUCCUGGGCUCCAUGGUAUUGAUGGAUUACCUGGUUCAAAAGGUCUGCCUGGACAAAAGGGUGUAUCUUCGGGAUCAACCCAUCCAGUAAAAGGGCAACCUGGGCCACCUGGGGGGAAUGGAGAUCCGGGAGCUCUAGGUUUGCCUGGAAUGCCUGGACUACAUGGAGACCGAGGACCACAGGGUAAUAAAGGACUUUCUGGCCAUCCUGGGGUUCCUGGAGAGAAGGGUCAAGAAGGCAAAGGAGGUAUGCCUGGACCUCCUGGUCUGAAGGGGCGGUCAGGACCACCAGGCCCACCUGGGCCACCGGGUCACAUUAAGUUGUUUUUAUCUGAGAAUCCCAUAAGACAGGGUACAAAAGGAGACCAAGGAGACAUAGGAGAAAAGGGGUGCAAAGGUGCUCCAGGAGAUCCUGGUUAUGGCAAUUACACAAAAGGAAUAAAGGGAGACAAAGGACAGGAGGGUCCAGAAGGAAAGCCAGGGGAGGAUGGCGAUCCUGGUCAACAUGGAUUAUUGGGAAGGCAUGGCCCCACAGGUGAUCUAGGAUAUCCAGGGAUACCAGGAAGGCUGGGUGAAAAGGGGAAUAGGGGUCCCCCUGGUCUACCUGGAAAUGUGAGUUUUAUCAUAACGACUGAACCACUGAAAGGAUACCGUGGAGAUCCUGGUCCUCCAGGAACACCUGGGUUUACUGGGCAUCAAGGUGUUGUGGGGUUGCCUGGAGCUGAUGGACCCCCAGGGAAUUAUGUGCCAGGCCCACGAGGUCCCAAAGGCUUUCCAGGCCAGACAGGGGAACCUGGGGAGCCAGGGAAUGUUUAUAUUGGACACCCAGGCCUAAAAGGGGAUCAUGGUGAUCAUGGACCUCCUGGGGACCCAGGCCCACCUGGACCUUGUGAAGACAGACCUAACAUUGCCAAGGGUCAACCAGGAAUAAAUGGAAUGAAGGGUGAUCCUGGACUGAAGGGCACAUGGGGAAUGAAAGGACAGAAAGGGGAUCCCUGUUACUUGUGUUCCGGAUCAGGACCACCAGGGCCCCAUGGUCUACCUGGCAGCCCUGGAAAUAAUCAAGGACCAGGAGCAAAAGGUGAUCCUGGCUUCCCAGGAUUUAGAGGCCCAUCUGGAAUACCAGGUCCUAUUGGCGCAAGAGGAUUUCCAGGCCUCCCUGGACAAAAAGGAGAAUCAUAUUCCUACAACAGCCCUGGGAUAAAGGGAGAGAAUGGAGACCCAGGACAGCGUGGCAGGCCUGGUGUAGAUGGCCGUCAUGGGACUCCUGGGUUACCAGGUCACAAAGGCAAACCAGGCCCAAAGGGAGAUUCGAAAGGGCAUGUUGGUUUCCCAGGUCUGCCAGGGCUUCCAGGACCCGUUGGCUACCCUGGGCCAGUGGAAUAUGUGCUUCCUGGACUUCCAGGGAGUCAGGGAGAUACUGGGGUACCGGGCUUGCCUGGACUGCCUGGAUUUCCAGGCCAGAAAGGGGAACCCAGCCACACCCGUGUAAAAGGAGAUCCUGGCUUUAAAGGUCAGCCUGGUUCACCUGGAAACCCAGGUCAACCAGGUAGCCCAGGUAUCGCUGGAAAACCAGGUAAUCUUGGGCAGAAAGGAGAAAAAGGUGUCCCAAUAGGCCCAGGAAUGAAAGGACAGAAAGGUGACAAGGGACAGCCAGGUCACCAAGGCAUUGAGGGUAUCGGCCUGCCUGGUCAGCCAGGUCGACAAGGCCCUCCUGGUUCUCCAGGACAGAAGGGUGAUGGUGGCUCUGGAUACCCUGGACUUCCAGGCCCUAAAGGGUCUCAAGGUGAAGGUGGAGCUCAGGGACCUGUAGGAGAUCCUGGGUACACUGGUCCACCCGGGAUCCAUGGCUUACCAGGCAUUAGUGGUUUACCAGGAGAAAAAGGAAGUAAAGGAUCUGGUGGGCCCCCAGGACCACCUGGUUAUAAAGGUUUAUGUAUACCUGGUCUAUCUGGUCCAUCUGGUCCACUUGGUCCAUCUGGACCAAAUGGUCUUCCAGGACAUCCAGGACCUAAUGGUCUGAAAGGAAACCCAGGUUAUCCUGGGUUUGGUAUUGCUGGCCCCACUGGUGAGCCUGGUCCACUUGGUGGACCAGGUGGACCAGGUUCACAAGGGCCUUUUGGACAAAAAGGGAUCAAGGGAGAAAAUGGCCAGAGUGGUAAAAAAGGGUUCAGAGGAGACCCUGGACCAGACGGGAUACCAGGAUAUGGGCUAAAAGGGUUGCCUGGAAUGAUAGGACCACCAGGCCAAAUAGGUGACCCUGGCCCUGAUGGAACCAAAGGACACAAGGGCUUCCCAGGCGAAACUGGGGACAAAGGUGACAUAGGUCCUCCAGGCCCUUCAUCACCAGCAUGUAGGGGCUUCUUUGGGGACCCAGGGGAUCAGGGUCCACCAGGUGACCCAGGUACUGAUGGAUCAAAAGGAAAUAGAGGGCCUGCUGGUGUAAUGGGAGACCCAGGAAUCAGCGGCCCUCCAGGCCUGAAUGGAAUAAAAGGAGAUCAAGGAAUCCCUGGAGUUCAAGGUCCAGAUGGUGCACCAGGUUCAACUGGUCCCAAAGGAGAGCCAGGCUGCUGUAUAAGUGGCACAUCUGGACCAGAAGGACAAAGGGGUGAACCAGGAUUAAAGGGUACUGAUGCAAUUAAGGGUCAAAAAGGAGAACCUGGCUUCUUUGGCCCCUCAGGUCCACCUGGAAACCAUGGAGUCAAAGGAAAUCCAGGACCUGAUGGAACAAAUGGUUCACCAGGCUACCAAGGACCUAAAGGUUCAGAUGGGCCCCAAGGAAGCAAAGGCCGCCUAGGACCCAAUGGACACCAAGGUUCCCCAGGGCCACCAGGUGUCCCUGGUUAUUCGGGUCCUAAAGGUGACCAGGGCCAUGAUGGGAUUCCUGGCCCACCAGGGCCAAAAGGAGACACUAUUACAAUCAUAGGAAAGCCUGGUGGUACUGGUUACCCAGGUCAGCCAGGUCAGCCCGGGAAUCCUGGUGAUCCUGGCUUGCCUGGCCCAGCAAGUACUGGACCAAUAGGAGACAGAGGACAUCCAGGUCCAUCUGGGGAUCCUGGUCGGAAAGGACCACCAGGAAGUGAAGGGGCAUGUGUUCCUGGGUCAAAAGGAGACCGUGGCCAUCCUGGCAUUAUUGGUAGCCCAGGCAAUCCUGGUUUACCCGGUCGUCCAGGUUGCGAAUAUAUGUUGAAAGGAGACAAAGGGGACCCAGGUCUCAAAGGAAGCCUAGGCCAUAAAGGACCCAUAGGAGAUCCAGGGCCUCCAGGAACAUCUUGUGGCGCACCAGGACCAAAAGGUGACCCUGGUCCUCCUGGAAUCCCUGGGGCAUCUGGCUACCCUGGGUACAUUGGCAUGCCUGGUCUGCCUGGUCUGCCUGGAAACAAAGGUUUACCUGGACGACCUGGUCCCACAAGUGAACCACCAGUCAUUAUAUAUGAACCAGGACCUCCUGGCUGGUUUGGUCCUCCUGGCAAUCCAGGUCCCCCAGGACCCACUGGCCCACCAGGACCUUGCAGUCAUCAAGGCCCGCCAGGUAUCAAAGGAGUUUGUGGUUCCACGGGUCCAGUCCAGCCCGGAUUUACUGGCCAUAAAGGAAACAAAGGAACAACAGGACUGUCAGGUGUACCAGGUGAACGUGGACUUCCAGGCAGCAAGGGUCCUCCAGGGUUACCAGGACCAAGUACAUGUUCAGGUCGUGUUGACAGUUUCCUGAUAGCCCGACACAGUCAGAGCAUUCAAAUCCCUCACUGCCCUCCAGGCACUAACUUGAUAUACUCUGGUUACUCCUUCCUUUACAUUAAUGGAAAUGAAAGAGCUCAUGGGCAGGACCUUGGCUCCAUGGGAAGUUGUCUUUCUCGUUUCUCCACCAUGCCCUUCCUUUUCUGUGAUAUGGAAAGUAACUGCCGCUAUGCUUCUCGUAAUGACUACUCCUACUGGUUGUCCACUGACACACUUAUGCCUCCCAACAUGGUUCCCAUCACAGGAGAUAAGCUGGCCUCUUACAUCAGCAGGUGCUCAGUGUGUGACGUUCCCUCCAAUGUCAUAGCCAUCCACAGCCAGACAACCACAGUACCAGAAUGUCCCCAAAACUGGGAGUCCCUCUGGUCUGGAUACUCAUUUGUCAUGCAAACAAGUGCUGGUGCAGAGGGUUCCUCCCAGCAGCUGGUUUCUCCUGGCUCAUGUCUUGAACAUUUCCGCCAAGUGCCCUUCAUUGAGUGUCAUGGCAGGGGAACAUGUAACUACUACCCGGAUUCCUAUAGCUACUGGCUGGCCUCCAUUAACCGCAACAACAUGUUCAGUAAACCUCUUCCUCAGACAGUGAAGGGAAACUCUCUGCAAAAUGUCAUUGGUCGAUGUCGGGUCUGCAGGAGAGAAAACUAUCACUAG